AGUAUGGACACUAUUGACUGAGAGAUGAAGCCAUUGGCACAACCGCAGGCGUCGUUGCAACUGCGGCAUCAUUCUCGGAUCAACCUCAGCGUCCUGAAGUCCCAGAUAGCAAAACAGCUGGGCACGAAACGAGCACAGUGCUACUUCAGCUAUCUGAAUGGGUUGCUAUCACAGAAGUUGAGCAAGUCUGAGUUCAACAAGCUCUGCUUUGUUACUCUUGGCCCUGAGAAUCUCCCCUUGCACAACCAGCUGAUUGGAUCGAUCCUUAGGAAUGCCUGUCAAGCUAAAACUCCACCACCAAUCACUCAUGACAAGGGUGUGCAAAAGCCCGUAAAAGCUUCUCUGAAGAAAUCACGACAAGGAGAUGAUGGAUUCAAUUCAUCGAAGACCCCAACGUCAAUGCCCAUCUCAUCAAAUGGACGUAACUUGCUUCUAUCACCUUGCAGGAUUACGGUUGGGUCCCAGAAUUGGCAUUUUAAAGACCACCAAAGCCCUCCCGAACCCCAUGGGACAGCAGAGAUUGCUUCGGAUCAGUCUGUAGUAACUUAUGAUGAGGUUGUUAGCAGGGAGAAUGGUGACUUGAGUUCAUCCAAUUUGAGAAGACUGCAGCAUCAGCAGGGUGAGCCUGUGGAGCAGCUGGCAAAGAGGCCAAGGUUGGCUAUGCCAUUGCUUCAUGACCAGGGUUCAGUACAUGGCAAGGAUUUGGUUGGAAAGUCUAAUGUGGAAGAUAGGGAUAGACUAGACCAUUGGGAAUGCUAUAGAGAACCUCUUCGAGCCCCACUUGGCAUUCCAUUUUCUUCUUCAAACAUUGGUGGGGCAAGAAGGUGUCUACUACCAAGAGCCAGUGCUAGCAGUGGUGGUUUUGGUAGCAGCUAUCAUAGUGGUGAGUUAUGCAAUACAGAGAUUUUGAAGAAACAAAUGGAGAAAAUGGCUGAAGCACAUGGUUUAGGAGGAGUAACUAUGGAUUGUGUCAAUCUAUUGAAUUAUAGUUUGGAUACUUAUCUGAAGCGGUUAAUUAGGUCAUGUGUCGAGCUAGUUAGAGCAAGAACUGGGCAUGAAUUAAUAAAGCAGACUGUCUUCAGACUGCAGCCCUAUAGAAAACCUAUCACUGGUACUUGGGUGGGAAAUAACAUCCCAACACAAAUAGGAGGACCUUUGGAAGGCAGUCAUGAGCUGAAAAACUGCUGCUUGAUAUCUAUGCGGGAUUUUGUGGUAGCAAUGGAGCUGAAUCCACAGCAACUCGGAGAGGAUUGGCCCUUGCUACUUGAGAAAAUACGUAUUUGUUCAUUUGAAAAAUUAGAUGGAUCCAGGUAAAAAUUUGGUUUGUGAGAAACUGUUGGCUGAAUUGCCUCAGUAUCCGAGGGCUAUGAGUGCCUGUAUGAACACUGUAUCACACCACAGCUUCAAGAUACACUUUGCAAGGCUUCAUGGGAUCAGAGCAGACGAAUUCUGUUAGAUCCUUCCAAGGAACAUAGCCACAAGCAGCAUCACAUUCUAUUUGGUUCAUCCUGCCAAUGGGAAGAGACAAUCCUGUUUGGCCCAUAUGUUGUACAUUUUAGUGGUGAUGAGUGGUGUCUCAAGUACUACCAGGGAUCUCAAGUGUAAAUGUAAUUACGAAAAUGGAGGAUUCCGGAGGCAGUUUUGAAGGAAAGUCAUUUGUAAUUUAUACAUAUGUAAGUUCAGAGGUUUGCAUUGUGUCUUAUCAAUUGGGAGAAUUGUUUGAUUGGUCUCAA